AUGGAACGUGGCUUUGUUCUCAUUGGACUUGAUGAAAUUGUCGACGAAAAUGCACGUGACAAAUUGCGAAACACAGCUCAAACUGUCAAAACCUUCACAGAUAUCGGUUCUUGUAUUGAAUUCAUUCAGAAAAAUCCAAUGGAUCGACUUGUACUCAGUCCGUCAGACACAAUGGCCGAAAAAAUCCUUCCAGAGACUCGUGACUUUGAAGAAGUGCACGAAGUUUAUAUAUUAUCAAAGGAAAAAGGAAACUACAGCGAUGUGCGAGAACAAUAUUCGAAAGUCAAGAUUCUUUGCACCGAUACUUCGUCACUUUAUGAGACGCUGAGUACAAAUAACAAAGAAUGGGUCGCAAAUCUAGUAUCAGUGCAUUUUUUCACCGCAAAUGGUGACGACGAAUUCAGAAGAUUCUACCAAUUAUUCAAAAAUAUGUUGUUACUAAUUGAUGAUGAUCGAAAGCAGAUGGAAGAAUAUCUGAAUCAGUACGAAUCUCAAAUGAACAAUGAAAAAUAUAUUUCCCAAUCACCGAUUUCGUGGUUUAUCUCUAAUCAGCUUCACACUUCAUUCCUCCGCAAAGCUCUAUAUUCGAUGGACAUCGAUAUGCUUAUAAAACUUGCCUGUUUCAUCCACGAUUUAGACAUCAACAUUUCCCAUAUUUAUUCAAAACAAUGUAACCAAGAUCAUCAACAUUCAUCAGCCUUGACGGCGUAUUUCAGACAUAUUUUAUCGCAGGAAAAGUUCGAACAAUUGAAAGCAACAAAAAACGGUUGGAUAGUAUUUCAAACUUUCCUUUUAACAAGUGCAGAUCGCCCGACAUCACUUGACACCGUUCAGCAACAUAACCAAAACGAGAGUCAUGUUGGAAUUCUAUUUUCUUUGUUUUCGCCAUUCCGCAUCGAAAAAUACAAACGAUUUGCAAACAAUGUUCGACUAUGGCAAGUCAAUUUGGUUCCGGGUGAAACACCAGAUGUGAAGCUUUCCGAGGAAAAGAGCCGAAGUCGAUUAAUCGCAGAACUGAUUCAAACAGACAGAGGACAGGAAGCCUUUGAGGCUAUGUUAGAACACAUUGAUAAUGACGACGAGAAAGCGACUCUUUACCAGCAAUUAGGAUCGAUUCGAAAUGAUGAGCAAAAUUAUACCGAAGCCAUUGAAUUUUAUCGAAAGGCAAUUGGCAUUCUAUCAAAAAACCCUCUAGAUACUAAUCUCGCAGAUGUGUAUCACAAAAUCGGUUUAAUCUACCGAGAUAUUCGUGCGUACCUUGAAGCGAUCUCUUUUCAUAUGAAUGAACUCAACAUUUUACAGCAACUCGCUCCUCUUAAUUAUGAAAGUAUUUUUAUCUGUUACGAAUGCAUCAGUUACAAUGCUGAAAUGCUGGAGAGCUAUUCUGAAGCUAUUGAAUUUCAACUAAAACUACUGAAUCUUGCCCAGCAACACGAUUCAUCUCCUCAUCCGGUUUGCACCAGAUGUUUGUUUCAGCUCGGACGAUUGUAUACGCGUCUAAGCAACGAAUCGGAAGCAUUAUUCUAUUACGAAACUUCCUACGAACAAAACCAAGGCAUUUUGUUCGAAGAACGAACGAAUAAGGUGACGGUCUGCAAUGCUAUUAGUAAAAUCUUUGAGAAAAAUAACAAUCUAACAAAGGCACUUUCGUAUUACGAAAAAGCACGAGAGCAUUUAGAAGAAAUACGACCGGUGAAUCGUAUCGAUUACCUGCGUGCGUACAAAAACAUUGCUCGUACAUUCGAAAAACUCAAUCAACCUACAAAUGCACUUCCUUAUUACGAAAAAAUACUCCAUUUAGACAGAACGGCCCGUCCGUCGAAUAAACUCGACAUAGCCAGUGACUACGCAUCCAUCGGAAGGGUCCUAUACCAGGCGAAAGAAUAUCAAAAAGCGCUCGUGAAUCUACAUGUCGCAACGAGGUUGUACGAACAAGUAAAUCUUUCAGAUGAAACCGAUUUAAGUCACGUCUUCAACUGCAUUGGUUCUCUUUAUCAAGAAACGGGCGAUUAUGCAAACGCGAUCACAUUUUUCGAAAAACUAGUUCCUAUUCAAGAACAAAUUCUUCCAGAAACACACCCCGAUUUAGAUCUUACAUAUUGCAGGUUAAGUUUUAUGUAUACUGUCACAAACCAACUGUCGAAAUCUCUGUUUUACUGUGAAAAAUCGCUCGAAUUACAAAAUAAAAAAUUUCCUGACAAUCAUCCAGAUCUUGUAUCUUCCUAUCAAUGUGUGGCAAAAGUUUUGAUGGAUGUAAAAGAGUACGACAGAUCAUUGGAGUAUUACCAAAAAGCAAUAGAAAUUCUUGAAGUAACACAAUCAGGCGAUCGAGAUGAUCUGAAGACUAUGCUCGAUAAUGUCGUCAAAAUUUACACAGCAAUCAACGAUGAUAGAAAUGUACUGCUUUAUCAAGAAAAAAUUCAUCAAUAUUUGCUGAAAACUUGCUCACCGGAUGAUCACAGUCUAAUCAAUUCAUACGAGAGUCUUGCAUAUCUGUAUGAAAAGUUAAAUAAAAACGAAAAGGCUAAAUUAAUUCGCGAACAACUGAUAGAAAAUUAUGAACGAAACCCCUCAUUAGCUCAAUGCGAUUUGCCGAACCUGUAUCUGAAAGUUGCUGCACAUUUCGAAAAAGAACGCAAUUAUACGAAAACGUUCGGUUAUUAUCAAAAAGUAUUAGACAGUCUACAGAAUGACCCUCGUCCUAAUCUCUCCUAUAUCGUCACGCUUUUCUUUCAACUAGGUAGAUUUUACGAAAAUCUCGAAGAUUUUUCUCAAGCAUUGCAAUGCUACCACGAAGCAUUGGAUACACAACUGAAGAUUGUUCCGGUAGAUAACUUCAUGCUGAUCAUCGCUUAUGAUAACAUAGCGCGAAUUUAUGAUAGUACCGAUAGACCUUUGCUAUCGAUUCCAUCGUAUGAGAAAAGUGUUGACCUCGCCGAACGCACAUCUGUAAACAAUGUAACUUUAAUGGAACGUUAUCAGAAAAUCGUCACUGCGUUAACCAAAGUCGGAUAUUACUCAAAAGCUUUGACAUAUGAAGAGAAAAACGUGGAACUCCACCGAAAGCUUUAUACUGAAAAGCCUUUACAACUAACCAGUUGCUAUACUGAUAUCGCUGGACUUUAUUAUCAAAUGGGAGAUUAUACAAAAGCGCUCUCAUUUUAUAAAGACGUGAUUACAAUCACUAAAAACCAUCUCGGUUUCGACCAUACUGAAUUGGCUACUUCUUAUAUUAAUAUUGCGAAUGUGCAUGUGGCAAUCGGGAAAUAUCCUCAAGCACGGUUGAAUUACCAAAAAGCAUCGGAUAUUUACAAGAAAAUUCUCCCGAUGAAUCAUCCGUGUUUGGCAACUCUUUAUGCUAAUAUGGGUUUGUUGAACAGUAAACUGGGCAAAUAUUCCGAAGCAUAUUCGAAUUAUCAACAAGCGAUGGAAAUAAGAGAGAGUAGUCUUUCGCCGUCACAUGUGGAUUUAGCGAAUUCUUAUACAAGUUUUGGCGCUGUGCUAACGAAUAUGCGUCAAUAUAAAGAGGCAAUUCUGUAUCAUGAGAAAGCACUGAAAAUUUUGCAAUCGAUUGUGCCAGCCAAUCAUCCUUAUCUGGCGUGUACAUACAAUAAUCUUGGUGUUACUUAUAAAAAUAUGGGUGAACAUGCUAAAGCACUUUCGUACUACAAAAAAGAUUUAGAAAUUUCCAAAGAAAGCCUUCCGCCGAAUCAUCCGGAUCUAACUGUGUCCUAUAACAAUCUCGGUGGAAUUUAUCUGGCAAUGAAAAAUUACCCUCAGGCACUUCAAUAUUAUCAGCAAGCACUGGAUAUUCGGCAGAAAAUUCUUCAUCCAAAGCAUUCCGAUCUAGCUCAAUCAUUUAAUAAUCUUGGUUCAGUGUACAUGGCGAUGAAUAAUCGUUCAAAGGCAGCGAAAUUUUAUAAAUAUGCCCUAGAUAUUGCUCAACGAGUCUUACCCGAGCAUCAUCCUGAUCUUUUCGCUUACAGAGAACAUGUGAAACGUGCAAGAAAAUAG